AUGGAUUCUUCAGAAGCAGAGGAGUCUGAAAAUUUAAAUUUUAAGCAUGGUUUUUCUAAUUUUAAUAAUCAAACAUCAAUCACAAAUAGUAAAAAUAAUAUUAUACAUAAAUUAUUUAAUAGAGAGGUAUAUGGUAGUACAUCUAAAAAGUCGAAUGAAAGACAUCGUAAGGUAUUAGACAGGAUACCAGCGCGCCUACGGUUCUGUCUGAUGGACAUUGUUCCUAUAGAAUGUUUAAGAAACCACAUAUUCAUGGGAUUUUCGCAAUGUGGACAGUUCCUUCUUAGUUUCACGUUUAGCAGUAGAACACGAGGAUUUGAAGAGAGUACCAAGUACACAUUACAUUUCCUCUCAUGGGUGCCUGGGAAGUUAGUGAAGCCAGUACACAGUGUGCCUCUUUUUGGAGAUGAAUGUGUGGACAGCAACAUCACAAUAUCUAUGGCUCAGUGGAGGCAUAAUACUAGUGUUUUAGUUGUCUAUGGCAUUGCGAAACAUGAUUUAUGUUCUGAUAGAUCCUACCUCAGUGUUAUUGGAGUACCUCAAUUAGGAUGUAGAAAAUGUUCAUCUAUGUCUAAAGAAGAUGACCUCAGCUGGGGUCAACGUUGCUUAGAACACAACUUUGCCAUUCACACAAAAUUCUUUUGCACAUCGGAUAGUAAUAUAUAUGAACCAGUAGUACAUCUAGCAUAUUCAAAUCAAAUUGUGAUAUACACAGACUUUAUACAUGUUCUAGAAAUAGACUUUGUUAAGCCGGACCAUGAUAAAAUAGAUAACCUUGAAGAGAGAGUUGCUGUAGAUAGAGAAGAAAAUAGUUUGGUGGAUAGUAAUCCUGCAACACCACCUUCUGAUUUUUCUGCUCCGUUUCUCUCUCCGAAAUACCAAACCAACGUAGUGCAGAAUAUACUGGCAGAUUUUUCCGACUUAGAAAUGGAGCCAAAUCAAAUAUCACGGCCGGUUUAUCUACCUGAUAUGAUGGGCCAAGAACUUUGCAUACAAGCAUCUUCAAUAUCACACUAUCUAAUGGAGGAAUGGGAGGGACCCUCACCAUCUAUCAGGACCUUAAUUAGCCCCCCAUUACGAUCCCCAAGAAGGAACCCAGCCGAGAGUAUGUCCAGGUUUAACGAGUCUCAUAGGGUUAUAGCUGAUAAGGCAUAUGAAUUUGUAGAAGACACAGAGAAGUGCGAGAAACUUAGUAUGUUUAGGAAACGACGGCUAGCAGAUAAGAAAUAUGAAUUUUCAGAGGAUAAUAACGAGAAUAUCAUUCCGUUUAGAGUUUUAAGAAGUAAUAGAAAGUAUUUCACUGGUUCAACGAGUAAGAUUAGGAGGGCAAAGUCGCCAUCAGUGGAAAGUGUGGUGUUACGGGCUCACAACCAAAUCAGUAGACCGCCAUCUCCAACGACAAGUACAGAUCUAAAGAAUCCCAAUAUAUUGAUGGAAUCGGAUCGAAAUAGUGAAUCGGAGUAUAGAGUCACCGAGAUGUUGGACGAUGGAUCGCUUAAAACAGUGUCUGUGCAUGAUAAUACCUCAAAGACAUUAUCGGACUGCCCAGUUAGUGCUCAAGAUCCAUAUUUAGUGCAUUCAGGGAAUUCUAAGUGUAGUAAACUGUUUACGCGGUAUUUUGUUGAAAGUGACGAUGAGAUAACUUCAAUUUUAACGGAUUCUGAUGACGAUUGUAUAUCCGGGUACCACGUAGCGUUACCUCUGACGGGCCAUGGAGCCAGCUAUACCCCCCUACAGGCCAUCAGCUCUGGGGCAUGGGACAGAUUAAAAAGCAGUUCACCCCCUGCCUUACCACCACUCACCUUGAGGGCGCAACAAAGAUCGUUAGACACGGAGUUACUGUGCAAUGAAGUAUGCGGCAGACUGUGCAAGAUCUCGGGCAAGAAGUUCAUAUACUGUUUUGAUUGGGGCUGUCAUGUGAUUGACGUGUGCCAGUCUAGUGGCUGUCUUUCUGGGCUUUGCGCCAUGUGGUUGUGGGCGAGUGACCCUCGCGAAAGGGGCGAAGAAGACGAGGGCUGGUGCGAGGCGUGUAAGGAUGCAGCGGGGGGGUGCGUCAUGCAUCGCAGGCAGUACACCGCGGAGUGCCUAUUCACAUACAACCUGGUGAGUGGCGAAUAUCUGACUGAGAAAGUGGCCAUGACAGAAGAUAACAGCCAGGAAGGUUGUCGAGUAUCGGGCGCGGUGCGAGCUCGUGAACUUGCAAAGGAACUUGGACCGAUAAAUUUCCCACCUCAUGAGAACCGGCUGCUUUCAACGCUUACUGGCAACAAAUCCCUCAGGAGAGUAACAGAUUUUGACAAUUGUGUGGAAAUAACGAAAAAUCACGAUGACAGCUCGGAAUCGGAAUACUCUUCAGACGAAAUCUCUCCCUCUGAUGACGAAGACUGA